AUGGAGCACCGCCGCAGCGCGGGGCCUCCCGCCGCACCGGGGCUAGCCGAGGAACACGACCCCGCACGGGUGCAGCAGCAGCAGCAGCAGCGGGGGUUGCAGCAGCCGCGGCAGCGGGAGCUGCAGGAGUGGCAGCGGGUGUUGCACGAGUGGCAGCAGCGGGAGUGGGAUUUGCAGGAGCGGCAGGCAGCGGCAGCGGGCUCUGCAAGAGCUGCGGCAGCUGCAGCGGCUGUGGGAGGUGCAGGAGCGGGAGCUGCAGCGGCUGCUGGAGCAGCAGCAUCGGGAGCUGCAGCGGAACCUGCUGCGGGCGUUGCAGGAGCACCAGCGGGCGCUGCAGGAGCUGUCGCCGCCGCAGCACCAGCGAGGCGGCUGAGUUUGCCGCCUCCCCGUGCGGGCCUCCGGGCUGCUCCUCCUCCUCCGGGAACGGCGGCCAUGGAGCCCGGGGAGCCCGGGGAGCCCGGGGAGCUGGUCCUGGAGGCCUUCCCGAAGGAGGAGGAGGAGGAGGCCGGUCCGUGCCCCCCGGGGCUGCUGGCGGAGAAGGAGCGGGAGGUGCGGGUGGCAGCGCGGCUGGGCCGGGCGCUGCUCCGCAGGAACCAGGAUUUGGGCCGCCAGUCCGAGCGAAUGCACCGGCGGCUCACCGACCAGCUCGAGCACCUCGAACAGGAGAAACACGAGUUGAGGCGACGUUACGAAAACCGGGAAGGCGAAUGGGAAGGUAGAGUGUCGGAGCUGGAAAGCGACGUGAAGCAGUUACAGGACGAACUGGAGAAGCAGCAGAUUCACCUCCGGGAAGCCGAUCGAGAAAAAACGCGGGCCGUCCAAGAACUCUCGGAACAAAACCAAAGACUCCUGGAUCAGCUCAGCCGGGCGUCAGAAGUGGAGCAGCGGCUCUCCAUGCAGGUUCACACGCUCCGAGAGGAUUUCCGGGAAAAGAACUCAUCCAGCAAUCAACACAUCAUCCGACUCGAAGGUCUCCAGGCUGAACAGGUACUUGAAAUCAAGAUGCUCUCGGAGCGGAAGCGGGAACUGGAGCAGAGGCUGAGCGCCGCGAUGGAGGAGAAUGACCUGCUGCAGGGGACGGUGGAGGAGCUGCAGGAACGCGUGGUGGCCCUGGAAAGGCAGACCCAGGAGCAGGACCUGCAGCUCCAGCAGAGUCGCCUGGAGCUGCAGGAAGUGCGCCUGUCCUACCGCCAGCUGCAGGGGAAGGUGGACGAGCUCAGCGAAGAGAGGAGCCUCCAGCCCUUCAACACCACCGGCAUCUCCCUGCUGUCCGAGAUCGAGCAGAGCAUGGAGGCCGAAGAGCUGGAGCAGGAGCGAGAACAGCUGAGGCUGCAGCUGUGGGAAGCCUACUGCCAGGUGCGUUAUCUCUGCUCGCACCUCCGGGGCAACGACAGCGCCGACUCGGCCGUCUCCACGGACUCCUCCAUGGACGAGUCUUCGGACAGCUCGUCCACCAAAGACGUGCCGGCCGGCAGCCUGCGCGCCGCGCUCAGCGAGCUGAAGAGGCUGAUUCAGAGCGUCGUGGACGGGGGAGAGGCCGCGAGCUCCCGGAGAAUCGACGAUGAUGCCUUAGAAGACCAGAUUAGACAGACCAGUGAGGACUCAAGAGCCCUGAGGGAGCUGAUGGAGGGAGAAAGGGGGAAACUGAGGCAGAGCCUAGAAGAGCUGCAGCGACUUCACAGUGAGGUGACUCUGCUGAGUGUGGAGAUGACCGCUCUGAAAGAGGAGAAAGACCGGCUCAGAGGGACGUCUGAGGAGAAGGAACCCAAAGAGCAGCUCCUGAAGGCCAUCAGGGACCGGGAUGAAGCCAUUGCUAAGAAGAACGCGAUGGAGCUGGAACUAGCCAAGUGUAAGGUUGACAUGAUGGCCCUCAACGGUCAGCUGCUGGACGCCAUUCAGCAGAAACUGAACCUCUCCCAGCAGCUCGAGGCUUGGCAGGACGAUAUGCACAGGGUCAUCGACCGGCAGCUGAUGGCCAAGCACCAGAAGGAGCGGGGCCGGCCCGCCACCGCCUCCUUCUCGGGCGGCCUCCGGGCAGCGCGGGGCCCUCCGGCGGAGCAGCGGGGCCCCGGCCCGGACGGCAGGCGCCUCUUUUCGUUCUUCAGGAAGAUUUGAGUCCGGAGGGGCCGCCGCCCGGCGCCGCGGUGGGAGACUGUGGGCCCGGAGAAGCAACCCCCGGCGGCUGGAGGGGGCCGCCG